UCUGCCCUUUUCUUUUUCACGUGGGUUGUGUGUAAGGUUAUCACUUUGGAAAGGUUGUCGUGAUUUUCUCAUUUCAAAAUGUUUAGGUCAUUUGUUAAGGCUUUAUGCUCUGUGCCUCGCUUCACUGGUGUCCCUUUGCCUUCUUCAAGUCGACUUGUGCCGGUUUCUAUUUGCUCUCCUAGUGCGGUACCCAUCGUAUCCAGGUUCCUUACCCGGUCCAUGUGGCGAUGCUGUCAGAAUAGCUCAUCUGUUCUACAGAGGCCGUUCUUUCUCAAUGCAGGCCGGGGUGUUCCUUCCUUGUCUUGCGGCUGUGGUGGACUUCAUACUGAAGGUGACAAAGCAUUUGCAGAGUUCUUGACUGAUGAAAUCAAAGAAGAGAAAAAAAUUCAGAAAAACAAAUCAUUACCAAAAAUGUCUGGUGGUUGGGAUUUGGAAUCAAAUGGAACAGAAGCAAAGCUUAUGAGGAAAGUUGCGGGGGAAAAGAUUACAGUUACAUUCAACAUUAAUAACAGCAUUCCACCAACAUUUGAUGAGGAGCCACAAGAAGGAGAGAAAGGACAGGAAGAGAAGGAGCCUGAAGUUCUCUCUACUCCAAAUUUCGUUGUUGAAGUGGUUAAGGAGGUGCCAAACCAAACAUUGGUCUUUGACUGCCAUUAUCCUGAUGAUGAGGUUGGUCAUGGAACAGAAGAGGAAGAUGGUGACAUUUUUGCAGUUCGAGAAGUCAGCUUCCAGCCUACAGGAGAGACUGAGUGGAAAGAUACAAGUUACACACUAAACACAGAUUCCCUAGACUGGGCACUUUAUGAUCACCUACUGGAUUUCCUGGCAGAUCGUGGAAUUGAUAACACCUUUGCUGAUGAACUUAUUGAGCUGAGCACUGCACUGGAGCACCAGGAGUACAUUAAAUUUCUGGAGGACCUUAAGAGUUUUGUUAAGUGUCAGUGAACAUGGAUUAAGCAGUUACUAGAACCAACACUUGGCUCAUUACAUGUGCAGUGAAGGUUGGACACUUGCUGAUGUGCCAGGCUGUAGAGUCCUGAUCUGGUAAUUUAGGCACCUGAUUAAGGAGGCUCAAGUUUGUUAAUCCGUUUCCUACUGAAAUAGUUCUAGGACUCUUAAAUUAUUGCACUAAUAUCUGCUACAAAAUUUUAUAUUUUUGUCCCUUUAUAAACAUCAAUGUCCUUGGUUCUUCAAGUGAAAUAAUGCUGAAUGUGGUGGCUAAAUGUAAUAAAGCUAUCUAGCACAAACAUUU